GCAGCCAAGAAAGUAUCUUAAACCGAGACACAGAGCCACUCUUCUUCGUGCUCCCUCCCUCCCUCUCUUUCCCUGCCCCACUAUCUCUCUAGCUCUGUCGCGAUUCCGUACGACGGCGACGGCCCAAUGGCGAGCUGAGCUCACGCAUUCUGUUCAAUUGGCCCACCUCUCUCUCCCCUCCGGAUUGCUCGAAUUCUUGCCCCUCUAGGGUUUCGUAUCUAUUCAUGGCGCUCCCCCUUUAAUACCGUACUACAGAAGAGAACCACAUUGAUCGGGAGAAAGCAUUAUUGAUUCAGUUCGCAGAUCAUGAGCGACAGGUCCAGGAGACGCUCAUCUAAAUGGGAUCUGAAGGAAGACCGUCCUCUUUCACCUGAAAAUAUUCAUGGCCGUAGUAGGGAGUUGGAUAAGUUGACAGCAUGGGAUGGAGAUGGAGGUUACAGUACAAGAAUGUCACCUGGUCUCAAUGACUGGAGAAGGCACAAUCAUGGGCGUUCCCCUAGGGAAAAAUGGGAUAGGCCUGUGAGGAACAGAAGUCGAAGCCGAAGCAGGAGCAGGAGCAGGAGCCCAGUUCGUGGUUUUAGGCAGGAAUCAGGAAACUAUGAUAGGAACAGGAGUAGAUCAGGAGCACUAUGCAGAGAUUUCAGUGCUGGUAGAUGCAGGAGAGGAAGUGAUUGCCCCUUUGUCCAUCAAGGUAAUCGCAACUAUGAUGAUAACUGGGAAGAUAGGCAUAGGAAAGGUGGAAUGUCAAAAUAUUCGACUGCCCAUGAUGUAACAGAGUAUCCAUCAAGAAGCAGUACUGAACGUCAACGUGAACGAAACAGGAGCAAUGAUACCCUUUGCAAGUUCUUUGCUGCUGGAAAUUGCCAUAAUGGGAGGUAUUGCAGAUUCUCGCAUGGUAAGACCAGUGAAAGCCCUGAAAGAAAGAUGGAUGAGACAAAUAGACAUUGGGAAGAUUCAAGGUGGAGGGUAGCUGGCCAUGUUCCUGAUGCUGGAAAGUUUGAAGAUGGAAAUGGAAGAAGAGGUGCCUUGGAUCAGAGGGUGAAUGAUCAAUUCUCGGAAGGCCGAAGAGAGUCACGCUUUGAAAAGGAAAGUCGAACAUGGAAUGACCCAACUGCUGGUGCUAGUUCAGUCAUUCUUCCCGAACCGAGAACUGCCGAGAAAGUUCUGGGUGAUGUAGACAUGUCUCCUGAUUGGAACUAUAGACCAACAACAUCCAGUCAUGCUAAAGAUGAACGUCAACAUAAUACUUACAGCUCCCCAGUUCCAACCUCCCUGCUACCUAUACAUGGACAUGAUACAACUUGGAAUGGCUCUGGACAGAUGAAACACUCUCCCUCAGUAAAUAAGGACAUGAGAUUUGAUAACCCUGGAAUUUUACAGAGCGAUUUGAACUUCACAUCCAAUGUAUUGCAUGGACAGGGAUUUGAUCAGAAUCGGCAGAAUUUGAGUUUGGUUGCUCUUCCAAGCUUGAAUCCAGUUGGACAAUCUAAUGCGGCAAUUAUCGUUGAUCCACUGAGAGGAGGUCCGUUAAAUCAACCCAAUAAUGGUAUUUUUGCGGAGGGAAAACUAGUUGGGGAUCCAAAUAUUCCCCAAGUAACGGGAGUUCCUCCAAACAAUAACAGUGUAAAUGGAGAGCAAUUGACACAGCUUAACAAUCUCUCAACAUCGCUAGCUCAGUUUUUAGAAGCUGGGAAGCAACUUCCGCAACUUUAUGCGGCUCUAAGUGUCCCACAGCCUCCUCCUGAGGAUCCUGUUGACCAAGUGAAACCAGUCCUGUCAAAUGUCUCUAUUGCACCUCGGGAACAGUAUGAACAUAUAUCCGACAGCGCCGAACAGAAGAAAGUGGACGACGUUGAUGGAUUGAAGACAGCUGCUGAUGGGGAGCAAGCAGAUGGGUCAAAAACUGGCAGUUCAAAUCAGGGUCCCUUGGAUAGUCGUGAUGCGAAGGUCAGUGCAGAAGAAGUUGCUGAGGGAAUUAAGAAGGUGGAUGAGGCAAAGGAGGUGAGAAGCGAUGAUCAGACAGAGAAUGCUGAUGGGGUAAAGAAGGAUGAUGAUGGGAAGAAGAGCAAGGAGGCAAAAAGUGUCCGUGCUUUCAAAUUUGCCCUUGCAGAAUUCGUGAAGGAGCUUUUGAAACCAACAUGGAAAGAUGGUCUUGUCGGGAAAGAGGCCUACAAGACCAUCGUUAAGAAAGUGGUCGACAAAGUGACUGGUUCCCUACAGGUGGCCAACUUCCCUCAGUCCCAAGAGAAAAUCGACCACUACCUGUCAGUCUCAAAACCAAAGCUUACCAAACUUGUACAGGCAUAUCUGGAGAAGUUUCAAAAAUCCAACAAAUAAGAUUGGAGCUUCUGGUGCCACCUCCAACUUGCUUUAACCCUUUUGUGUUGCAAUUUCUUGUAGCCAGUUCUCACCUUUCUGUUAGUUCUUUUCCUACAGCAUGCGGAGAACCUGUGAUUUGUGUCUCUGCUUGUUUCACAUGUACUUCUCGCUUCUCAGGAAUAGCUCCUAGGAAAACUAUUUCUAAAUCUCAUUUUGUAAUAUAUUGAUGUUCUUGUUUCCCCGGCUGUGAGUUAAGGACCAAUACCUAGGAUUUUCUUUGUAAACAGAUAGUACAGUUGCAGGAUACCUGUUUCUUGAAUUCUUCCAAUUCCCAUUCAACGACGGGAUUUCUUGCUCCAUUUCCUCAGUUGUAUUGUUCCAACUUGGUCGACGUUGUGAUCAUCGUCUGCGGUGCACAUUGGUUCUCGUUCGAUUGGGAAGGCUCUGAUCAAAGGGGUCACCAUUCCUCAGAGUUUGUGAUGAUAGUUAUUGCUGCCGGGUGCAUUUAUGGAACCUCUUCCCCUCAGUGUACUGUUUUCUAGUUUAAGCAGUUAAGGAAGAUGCUUCUCUGUAUCUCUAUGAUCCGUUUCUCUCUGUGUACUCUCUCUACUUGAGUGGUAGAGUUAUGGGAUCUGAUUAUCAAAGAAGUCUUGCUGUUUUCAGAGCUA